AUACUUGUUUUGUUCUACAUAACAAUCCAAAGCAUCUACCAUAUUAUUUACAAUGUCUUUCUCCAAUAUUUCCAAGUCCGAGUUUGAUCCUAAGCAACCCUCUGUGCCCAUUUCAUAUCCAAUAAAGACCCUCAAGGAGCUGGAGUCAAGGUCCUAUUUUGAGUCCUUUCACUACCCUUUUAACAAAGCUUCGGUUCCCAUUCAAAGUGGAUCUUCUCCAUCAUUGCCUAAUCGUAGUAGAUUAUUAGUGUGCCAUGAUAUGGCUGGGGGGUAUUUGGAUGAUAAGUGGGUCCAAGGAGGCCCUAAUGCUGAUGCCUAUGCCAUAUGGCAUUGGUAUUUGAUAGAUGUGUUUGUCUACUUUUCUCACAAUCUUGUCACACUCCCUCCUCCUUGUUGGACUAAUACGGCUCAUCGUCAUGGGGUUAAGGUGCUGGGGACUUUUAUCACUGAAGGGGAUGAAGGAAUCACUGUUUGUGAUGAACUGCUUUCAUCAAAGGACUCUGCGUAAAUGUAUGCAAAACAUUUGGCAGAGCUUGCUUCUAAUCUAGGCUUUGACGGGUGGCUGUUAAAUAUGGAGGUAACAAUGAAGCCAGGGCAAAUUCCUAAUUUGAAAGAGUUUGUCAGCCACUUGACAUCAACUAUGCAUUCUUCAGUGCCUGGAUCAUUAGUGAUAUGGUAUGACAGUGUCACUAUUAAUGGUGAUUUAUGGUAUCAAAAUCAACUAAAUCAAUAUAAUAAGCCUUUCUUUGAUAUCUGUGAUGGGAUAUUUGCAAAUUAUUCAUGGGAGGAAGACUAUCCAAAGCAAUCUGCUGCUGUUGCUGGUGAUCGAAAGUUUGAUGUUUACAUGGGGAUUGACGUAUUUGGAAGGAACACAUACGGUGGUGGACAGUGGAAUACAAAUGUUGCUCUUGAUGUGAUAAGAAAAAAUGAUGUCUCCGGUGCAAUAUUUGCUCCUGGAUGGGUCUACGAGAGUAAACAAGCACCAGAUUUUGGAACUGCUCAGAAUCGUUGGUGGAGUCUCGUGGAAAAAUCAUGGGGCAUACUGCGAAAGUUUUCUGGAGCACUACCAUUCUACACAAAUUUUGAUCAGGGACGCGGUUAUCAUAUUUCAGUUGAGGGAGACAAUGUUUCAAAUGCUACUUGGUGCAACAUUUCUUCCCAAGGCAUUCAGCCACUCCUUGAGUUUGCUGAUUCUACAAAUUCUGUUCAACUUCUUGUAGACUUGAAGGAAGCAUCAUAUAGUGGAGGGGGAAACAUUACAUUCAAAGGAUCCCUUGAAAGGGAUAUUUACUUCAAGAGAAGAAUCUUUCAAGGGGAAUUUAUUUUAAGCGAGUUGCCUAUUCACUUCAUUUAUUCUGUGAAAUCUGAUAGCAAUUCUUCCUUGGGAUUAGUACUUGAGUUCACUUCCACUAUCAAUAAAGCAAUGUCUAUACUACUCACAUCCCAGGGAAUGGAUAAUCUGUCAAGCAAAUUUAGCAAAGUAAUCCCAACAACUGAACACAAAGGAAAUGCCCCAGGAUGGGUUAUCCAUGAAGGUACAAUUGAAAUGAAUGGAUACAUUUUGACAGAAAUCCAUGCUUUGUGCCAAAGGCCAAAUGCUCCAUCCAAUGAACUGAGACAGAAAUCCAGACCAUUAGGUCCUGAUCAUACUGUGGCUUCUCCAACUGAUUAUUUUGCUGUUCUUGGUCAUAUCACAGUCAAAACAUCUAACUACCAGCCAGAUUUUCCUGUUUCCACUUCCUGGCUAGUCAAUGGUGAAUACAUCAAUUGGAAAUCAGGUCCUCAGGGUUCAAGGAUCCUUAGUGUUAAAAUUUCUUGGAAACUGAAAGAAGGAAAGAAUUUUGUAUUCCCACACUAUAAUGUGUAUGUGGAGAACCUACCAAAACUAGCAGAUGGUAAUCCAAACACCACAGUAAAACUUGUGAAGGAGUAUCUUGGAGUAGCACAAGUAAACUGUUUUUAUGUUUCUGAGCUCGAAGUUCCUCCUAGCACUUCUAGUCUAAAAUUCAUUAUACAACUCUGCGGAUUUGAUGGGACAAAUCAGAACCUAGGCGAGUCUCCAUAUUAUCAAUUGGAAGUAAAAGGUCUCUAAAUUGUCAUUUAGAAUGUAUUAGUCCUCUUAUUAAGGAAGUAUGUAUCUUAUAUUUGGAUUUGGCAUUACAUGCCAUGCUUAUGCUACCAUGCAGAAUAAAGCUUAGGAUAAUUUGCUGCUUCCUAAGUUCAUAAUUUCUUUACAAAUAACGGGGUACAAUAAGUCGUUGAGAUCAUUCAGAUCCAAUGAAACUGUCAAUCCAAGUGCUUGCUUAUUUUAUUCAUUUGUAGAUCUAGUAAAGUGAAGUGCAUUUUUUAGUUAUAAAAUACUAGUAUCCUAUAACUU